UAUGUGCAAUAGAAAUGGCAGCUCAUUCCUACCAUAUUCACCAGCUUGCAUCGGCACACUCUUUUUCUUUCUCCCAAUAAGAUUCCAUCUCGCAAUACCUAUCCAAAGAAAGAAAACCAACAUCGAUUUAAAACUGUCUUUUUUUGUUGUUGGUUUGGUUUGGUUUUUUGGGUUCCAAGAUCCGAUCGAGUCCAAAAGAAUGGGGAGAGGGAAAGUAGAAUUGAAGAGAAUAGAGAAGGCAUCGAGCAGGCAAGUGACAUUCUCCAAGCGGCGAAACGGGCUUUUCAAGAAGGCUUUCGAGCUCUCCGUCCUCUGCGAUGCCGAAAUCGCCCUUCUCGUCUUCUCUUCUUCUGGGAAAUGUUACCAAUUCGCCAGCCAUGACAUGGAUAGGACUAUUGUCAAGUACCGAGACGAAUUAGGACUUCCGCAAUCAUCUCAGAACCAGGGAUGCCGAAGCGCGGAGUUCUGGAGGGCUGAAAUUCACGAGUUGACGAGAGGGAUUGAAACUAUGGAAGCACAACUCAAGCACUUGUGUGGAGAAGAUCUUUCAAUGUUGGGCGUGAAAGAGCUGAGACAACUAGAGCGACAGCUGAAGACCGGUGUCGAACGUGUCCGCUCCAAGAAGAGACGCAUCAUUUCGGAGGGUGUAAACCUGCUGAAAAGGAACCUCAGAGUCCUGCAAGAGGAAAAUGCUCGUCUCCUGAAAACAGUAAGGUCAAGUUCCAAGAGAUGCACAGCGUCAAUAUUAGGCCCGGAGCUUUUGUAGACCGUUCCUUUAAUCCCGACCAAAGGGUUCCUGAGGAUGGGUCUUCCUCCAUGGUAAAUGGCGGACACUGAAGCAAUGGCGAGGUGGGCAGGCGCUAAAACAGGCGGUGAUUUUUCCUGAUUGCAUGGGUUGGCAAGGUGUAUCAAAGCUAGGACUGCUUUUUGUUGGUAUGUUGUGAACGUGCGUGAGAGAUGUGAUAUGGACUCGACAGAAGUCCAGAAGUAGAAGCAAUACAUGUGUAUCGUGAAUAGCUUGGGGAUGGAUUGUGAGAUAUGGACUUCGUCCCCUGGGUAAUGGAUGAUCGUAAUGUUUGAACUUUCUCUCUGUGAUUUUGCAGAGGGAAAUGAAUUCA